AUGUCACUGGCAGCUGACAAAGCCCGAAUGCAAGCAAAGGAACGUGAGUUGAGGGAGCAAAGAGAAGAAGAGGAGAGAAAACUACGAGAAGCUGAAGAAACAGAAAUAAAGCAAGCCACGCGAAUUUCCAGUUUUAGACGUCAGCUAUUAGCUAGCGAACUACCGGAUGAACCAGCUGAAGGCGAACGAAAUGCAAUUAUGGUGAAAUUUCGAUUGCCUGGAAGUGAGCAGGUCAUACGUCGCUUCCGCUCUACGGAGAAAUUGUCGGUGUUAAUAAAGUUCCUUGGAGCUAAGGGAUACUGUGCGAAGGAUUAUCGUUUCUUCAAUUCAGAUUUUCCUAAGAAAGAUGUGACUACAUUGGACGACUCGAAAACGUUUAUGGAACUGAAUUGGCCCGUACGUGAGCAGAUAUUCGUUGAAGAGCGCUGA